AUGGCGACACAUUCAAAUCCCUCAGCGGCUGGAUCCACGGAGCCCGCGUCAGAGUCCCGUCUUCUUCAACUUCCUCCCGAAUUACGAAACCGAAUCUACGAGUACGCACUCUCCACAGGCCCCUGGCCUCUCUAUUGCAGCUGCGUGGGCACCACAGCUGCUCUGAAGAAGCCGAUCCACAAAGCGAUCUUUCAUCUCGAACCACCCCCGUGGCCUAGAUCUUUCGAACACGACCCGAUUACAGAACUUAACCAGCUCAAGUACGUCUGUCGCCAGCUGCGCGUCGAGGCCGCGGGACUCGAACUCAAGAUCAACAAGGAGAUCAAGAUUUCUCGAACCGACAGGGAUGCACGCAGCCCGAUCUGGGACCUCUUAGUCCUAUUCAGGCAGUAUCCAGUUGCACAACUCAUGUGGCUCUCAAAGAUCAUCAUUGCCGAUGAGGCAUUGAACGUAUGUGACGCCUUCAACGACAAACGUCGUAUAUUCACUGCCCCGGACAUCGCCCAAGCCGCCCAGUUGGCCCGCCGUCAUCCUCGCAUUACUUUCAAAUACAUCGUCGGAGAGUGGAGAAACGACAAGAUGCGCCACCACCAACACCUGCUUCGGGACGAGGACCUUGUAUGGACCCUGACUGAAGCACACGCGUUGGUUAUGGCGCUCCGCGGUACAUGCGCCGACGAAGUUCUCAACGAGCUGUUUGCUUGGUCUUUGGAUCCGGCUGCGCCUCAGGAGUACGGUGGAAAAUGGCGAGGCGGUAUUACUCCAGAGCAGUUGCAGGCGCCUAAUCUGCGGUUCUACCCACGUUUUCCGGAUUUUGACGAAGUGCAGAUCCGCGAAUGGUGUAAACCCUACGAGCCGCAGCGCCUAUCGAAUGGGGAGACGCUGCUGGACGCUUGGAUUCGGCUUCACAAGGAGUGGUGCAAGAACGGCAUUUGA